UUUCUUCAUAUUUAGUUGUGGUCACGUGUUAGUUAAACUUAAACCCCCUUUGUAUUUAAAAAUAAAAUCUUUUUCUAAAAUGUUAAAUUUGCUGUAUCAUACGACAAGUACAUUUCUAACCAAAUCAUUUUUUUUGUUUUUUUGGAAAAAAGGACAUUCUUUAAAAGGAAGAAAAUACUAGACAAGUUGUUACAAGGAAAAUGUUUUUAAAAUGCAAAACACGUACGCACAUUUUCCAGUAAGCUUGUUAUGACAUGUUCAAAUGACAUUUCCGUUUCCUCUUUCGAAUGUUUAAAGGAAAACAAGGACAACCAAAAAGGGAAGAAAGCCAAAAAUUUUGUCUAAUGUAAAAACAGCAAGAUUUAGUAAACAAAACACACCGAUUUUCCUAUACUAGUCAAAGAAGGAAUCUAAAAUCCGUUUAUAUCAAAAGAUUUUCGCAUUCAAAACCUCAAAAUUUAGGAAGAUUGACCUACAAGCGAAUGAAAUAAAAAUUUAAAUGUUAUUUUUGAAUCACUCAGACAACUUAUGGACUUCUUAUAGAUCCUUCCCCAUUUCAAAAAAUAAAAAUUGACAAUAAAAUAUUCUUGUAAAAUUUAUAACAACAUUACAAAACGAAAUGACACCCAUGAAAGAUAUGCAUGUGUGUUGUUGCCCCGGUAAUCAUUGUAAUCAUACAAAUGUCAAAAUGUUUUGUUUGUUGGCAACAACAAAAUGUAAGCGACAACAAAUUGCAAUACUAAUUAUAUCAUUUUUCGCGUACGUGGCUGGCAUACGUAAUGAGGGUAACAAUAUGUUGCUGCAGCAGCAAGAAACAACAAUUGAAAAUUCCAAUUAUCAAAGCCCAAAUGCCGAUAUAAAACAACCGACGAAUUCCAAUUUUCGGCCAUCACAACAAAUAAUCGAUUUUACACCAGCAGAUGCUGCAGUGCCACAACAAUAUAAACCCACCUAUAUCGAACCCCCACAAUCUACCAUAAGUAAUAUAGCCAUUUAUAUGAACAACAACAAAAACAAUAAUAAUAACAAUAUUCAACAAAAACAAGAAACACAAAAUGAUAAUAGACGUUAUACGAUAGAAGCGGCAGCAACAUAUGGAAAUGUUGGAGAAAAGCAAUUUUCAUUUCCUAAUGAGCAACAAAUACAGCAACAACAUAUACCACAACAUCUAACAGACAAGCCUAUUUAUAUCUACAGGGAUCCAUAUACAAAUGAGAAUUAUCAUUAUACACCAACUGAGGCCAAUGUAAAGGAUUCAAUAGCAACUACAUAUAAUCAUAACAAUUACAACAAUAAUGGUUACAAGCAACAACAAGAUACUCAUCAUUAUCAGCUUCAUAAUGAUGAUAAUCAGGAAUAUUUAGUUCAAUCAAGCAUGGUAGUAGGCACACAUCAACAACAGCAACAACAACCCAAUCCCUUUAGACCUUACAUGAGCUUGUCGGAUGAUAAGGAUGUGUAUCUUAAACGUCCUGGUUUGGUUUAUGAUGACAAGCCAAGUUACAGUCAUCCUAAUUCUGUGAUUGAUAAGAAAAGUGAGGAGGAGCAAACAUUAAAAGCAAAUAAAAUAUCUUAUGAUUCUCAUGAUUAUCCGCCACCAAGUUAUUUUCAACAGCAGACUUCUAACUUUUUGCCCACACCAGUUCCCACCAGUACAUCUAGACCAGUGAUAAGACCAACUCCUCCCCCCACUCCUCCACCAAGGCAAGAGUUUAGACCCACAACACCCACACAGUCAACAAUAUUUAACCAACAACCGCCGUCGCAGCAAUAUUUACAAUCAUCACAAUCUACGUUGCCUAAUUAUGCAAACAACAUUGAUAAUUAUUUGUUGAAUAAACAACCAAGCAGCGACUAUUAUCGUACAGAAUUACCGCCACCCUCGUAUUUGCAACAACAAAAACUACAGCUUCAAUAUGAAACCAGACCACCUUCUUAUGAAUAUGAUAAUAGACCACAAUCUUUACCACCUCCUUACCAGCAACAAUAUCAGCAAUAUGAAUCUCGGCCCCCUUCUUAUGGCAAUAGAGAAACUUCUUAUCCUCAAUAUGAAACUCCACGACCUCCUCCACCUCCUAGGCCUUCUUACAAUAAUUACUAUGACUAUCAAAUAGGUGAGAUACCACCUCCGGGACAAUCAUCUUUACCACCAUCACAACAGUUUAAUUAUCCCUAUCCCCGACCACCUCCCUCACAAUAUCCCUAUCAGGGACCAUACAGACCACCACCACCUCCCGCUCAACAACAGCAAAGUGGUUUGGCAACUUUAGUACAAUAUGCCCCACAAUUUACUUCAUUACUUUUAAGUGGUGUUGGUGGAGGCGGAGGUUCUAACACUAAUAGUCCAUUAGGCAGUCUUAUAGGUGCUCUUACUGGUGCUGCAACUGCACCACAAACAUCAGCAUCUUCUUCUUCUUACAAUAGAAGACCCGUUAACUCCCAACUCAUUAAGGCCUUAGAGAAUAUAGCACGCAAUGACGAUUUGCAAUGUGUGCCAAAAGUUUUAUGCCAAAUGAUUGCCGCCCAAACACAACGUGGUCAACUGCCCACUUUCAUUACUUCACCCGCCAUUACCAAUUUCCUAGCUGGCUUUCCCGCUGCCUCACCAGCUCUUAUCUAUGGAAGAGCUGCUCUAUUGGGUCUGAGUGGUGGAGAAAAGAGUUGUCAUCAAACUUAUGUGAAAUGUCCUAAAAAUGAGUACGAAAUAAUUUACUAUCUUAACAAUCAUCGUGGUGGUUUCUUCAAAUUCUUCAGCGAACCGGAUGAACAGCAACAAACAAAUAAUGAUUCCACACAGCAAGGUGCAACAUCCUUGUUUAGUAUUUUAUCAGCUUUAACUGGCACACCACCAGCAACCACCACAACACCCCGGCCAAAGCCAAAACCUCAGGCGCCUUCAGCGGAUAUCACUAGUGGCAUAGGAAAUUUCUUUACUCAACUAUUGUCUGACUAUAUGGGUGGUGCAACAGUGGAAUAUCAAAGGAGAUUUAAAAGAUCCUUAGAUGAUAAAAUUAAAUUUGAAGACGAGGUGAGUGAGGAAAAUCACAGAGAUAUGAUAAAAUUUGAGGAUGAACGUAGAGAACAUCAAGGAGAUGUAUUAAAAUUUAAAGAUGAAGAUUAUGACAAUAAUGAGGAAAGUCAUCAAAACAAUGCAACAGUUGAAGAUGAAGAAGAUUUUCAUGAUGAAGAGGACAAUGAGGAUACACAACAAGGUGUGGGUUUCCAGGAUGAUGAUGAGCAGGAUUAUGACGACGCAGAAGGUAGAAUAUUGCAUAAAAAUUCACGCAGAAGAAAACGCAUAAAGUUUUUUCCGGAACUGAGAGAAACUUCAGAUGAAAUUGACAAGGAAGAAGAAUUAAAGAAAAUUAUUAAAAAAUUUAAUGAUUUUAAUAGAGUAAGAAAGUUAAAGUUUCCCACCAGCAGCGAAGAGCAUCAAUAUAUAGAUGUAGGACAUGAAGAAGGCUUGAGAAAAGGUAAAUUUUUACAAGACAAUUUACCAUACCAGCAACAAAAUUAUGGUCAUGACUAUAACAAUUAUGUAGAAAAUACGUAUGAUGAUUUUCAAAAAGAAUCAAAGAAAAUCAAAUUUAUAGAUGACCACGUAGGAGAAGAUAAUAAGGAACAGCCACAAUCUUUAUAUUCCUAUUAUUUGGAAAAACCUAAAGACCAUAAAACAAAGUUGGUAUUUCCUGAAAGAGAGGGUAAAAUAUUAAAUCGUCCUUAUUAUGCUGCCUCCUAUUUACAUGAUUAUCUACAAGAACAAACACAGCAACAUCAACAGCAGCAGUUGGAACCAGAAAGUGAAUUGUUAACGGAUGAAAAAUUUGUUUUAUCCAACAGUCAAAGACCUUUACGCUACUCCGAAUUUCCAAACACCUCUUCCGCCAAUGUCUAUAAUACACACAUAAAUUCUUUGCAGUCACAAAAUAGUUUCUCUUCUAAUACGGCUGUCAACAAUAAUAUUUAUGUUGCAUCUUCACCCGCCAUAUCCAGCAGCAGUGGUAGCAAUCACUUUUUGCCCACACCACCUCCAGAUGAUAAUGAUUACACGGCUGCCAAUACCAUUUACACCAACAAAGAUUACUCUAGUAACCAAUACAACUACAACAGUUUAAAGCAAAGUGCAUUUUAUAAGCCACCAAGAAGAUAUCCUUCUAUUUCCUCUGCCUCAUCGUCAUCAUUACCGUCUUCAAGUAGCGGCAGCAAUAAUUUCUAUAAACCACAACGCUAUUAUUCUUCCUCUAAUACCCCCACGAAUUUUAAUCGAUAUCAUUCUUCUUUAUAUACUACCACCAGACGUCCUUAUGUGUCUGUAACCACCACUAGAAAAUCAGAUGAUAAAAAUAUUUAUGUGACAAAUUCACGAGGUGUAACGGAGUAUUAUAUAACACCAGAUGGUAGAAAAGUUUAUUUAUAGUGUGUAGUUAUAUAAUUAUGUUGAAAGUAAUGUAUUUUUUAAUAAAAUAUAUAUUUAUUUAGUUUAAGUUCAUUUUAAAACACAAAUGUAAAUAAUUGUUUAAAACACAAAUUAAAUUAUUAAUUUAUACAGCGUUUACAUUAACUCACUCAACAAUGAAAUGUACUUUAUUUUUCUUCUUUUAAAUAAACGAAUGCUUUAUGAAUACCUCCUUAGAGUAUGCAA